AUGUAUCUAUUUCCCCCCAUCUCCUCAGUGUAUUUCAUAAAGGAGAAUAGUCAAGUCCUCAUUCAAAGGUUGGGAAUGACUGUUGUAAAGCAAAUUGUGGAUGAGCUAUUUGUGUGGAACGUUCUGAAUCACAAAGAAGUAAACAUCAUUUACUAUGAGAAGGUCAAGCAGGAGGCUGGGAUCAUUCCCCUGACUUUGAAGAAGGGUCCCGAAUCCUAUAACCUCUUUCUCAAAUCCCUUGAAAAGUGGAACUAUCCUCUGUUUCAGGAUUUGAAUGGACAAAGUCUUUUUUAGCAGAUAUCAAAAGAAGACCUAGAUGAUUUGUCUCAGGAUCUAAAGGAUUUAUACCAUAUCCCAUCUUUUCUGAACUUCUCUCCCCUGAGUGAAGAUAUUGAUAUUAUUUUUAAUUUGAAAAGCACCUUCACAGAACGUGUUCUAUGGAGGAAGGACCAUCACCAUCACAGAUUGGAGCAGCUGACCCUGAAUGGUCCACUAGACACUCUUGAGAGCCCCUGCAUCAUCAAAGGGGAACCGGGCAAAGGGAAGUCCGCUCUGCUACAGCAAACUGCCAUGCUCUGGGCCUCGGGAGAGUGUGGGGCUCUGACCAAGUCCAAAUUAGUCUUCUUUCUCCCUCUGAGCAAGGCCCAGGGUGGGCUCUUUGCCACUGUGUGUGAUCAACUCGUGCAUACACCUGACAUGAUCAGGAAGCAGACUUUCAUGGCCAUGCUGCUGAAGCUACGCAGAGUUCUUUUUCUCCUCGAUGGCUACAAUGAAUUCAGGGCCCAGAACUGCCCAGAGAUCAAAGCCCUCAUAAAGGAAAACCACCGCCUCAAGAAUAUGGAGGUUGUCACCACCACCAGUGAGUGCCUGAGGCACAUCAGGCCGUUUGGUGCCCUGACUGCGGAGGUGGGGGAUAUGACAGAGGACAGUGCCCAGACUCUCAUCUGGAAAGUGCUGAUGAAGGAGCAUGCUGAAGGCUUAUUGCUCCAAAUUCAGAAAUCCAGGUGAUUGAGGAAUCUGAUGAAGACCCCUCUCUUUGUGGUCAUCACUUGUGUCAUCCAGAUGGGGGAAAGUGCGUUCUACUCUAACACACAAACAACACGGUUCCAUACCUUCUACAAUCUGCUGAUACAGAAAAACAAGCACAGACUUAAAGGGGUGGCUGCAGGUGACUUCACUCAGAGCCUGGUCCACUGUGGAGACCUAGCUCUGGGGGGCAUGUUCUCCCACAGGUUUGAUUUCCAACUGGAAGACAUGUCCCAUGUGAAUGAGGAUACCCUACUGACAGCUGGACUCCUCUGUAAAUACACAGCUCAACGGUUCCAGCCAAAGUAUCAAUUCUUUCAUAACUCAUCCCAGGAGUACAUAGCAGGACGUAGGCUCAGCAAUUUACUAAAGUCUCAAGAGCCAGAGGAGGUGACCAAGGGGAAGGGUCACUUGCAGAAAAUGAUUUUUGUUUCAGACAUUACAUCCAAGUAUAGCAACCUGCUUCUGUACACGGGUGGAUCAGCUAUGGAAGCCACCAGGACUGUUUGGAAACACCUUGCAGGAGUGUAUCAACAUGGCAGCCUCCUCGGGCUCUCCAACACCAAGAAGCCUCUCUGGAGGCAAGAAUCCAUGCAAAAUGUGAAAAACACCACUGUGCAAGCAACUCUGAAAGCCAUAAACCAUUCCUUUACAGAGUGUGAUGUUCAUUUAUUCCAUGAGAGUAUAGCUGAGUCAGACCUGACUAAAGAAUUUGAAGCUUUCUUUUGUGGUAAAAGCUUACAUAUCAACUCAGAGAAUCCUGAUUACCUAUUUGACUUCUUUGAACGCUUGCCUAAUUGUGCCAGUGCUCUGGACUUCAUUAAACUCGACUUCUAUGGAGAAGCUACAGCCUCAUGGGACAAGACCACAGAAGACACGAGCAGGCGUCGAGAAGAGUCCUCAGAAACCUACAUUCCCAGCAGGGCCCUGUCUUUGUUCUUCAACUGGAAGCAGGAAUUCAAGACUCUGGAGGUCAUAUUCUGGGACUUCAGCAAGUUGAAUAAGAAAGAUAUCAGAUAUCUGGGAAAGAUACUCAGCUCCGCUACAAGCCUCAGAUUGUGCAUGAAGAGGUGUGCUGGCGUGGCCAGAAGCUUUAGUUCCAUCCUCAGCACCCGUGAGAACAUUCAUUCUCUCACCAUGGAAGCCAGUGCCCUCACCAUAGAAUAUGAGCAACACAUCACACCCGUGACAAACCUGAAAAACUUGAGUAUUCAAGACCUCCAGACUUCACGGCUGCCGGCUGAAGGCCUGACAAACCUGAAGAAGAUGAGUUUACUUCAUACAACCCACUUGUCUGACAUUGGGAAGGAAUUGAAUUACAUAGUAAAGUCUCUGUCAGCUGAACCCUGUGACCUUGAAGAAAUCCAAUUAGUCUCCUGCUGCCUGUUGGCAAAUGCCAUGAAAACCCUAGGUAACUGUUGCCUGGAAACUGGAAAAGAUAAUAAAGACUUCCAGGAUACUGGGGAACAUCACACAAUUUGGCAGGUAGGUAUGCUACAAAUUCAUAGUGACAAAUUUCAACAAAAAUAUUUAGAACUGAAUGGUGCAUUUUUUUAAAAGAACCCUCUAAAAACCUUCCAGCAGUUGAAUUUGGUGGGAAAUUGUGUGAGCAGUGACUAAUGGCUUGCCUUCAUGAAUGUAUUUCAGAAUCUUAAGCAAUUAGGCUCUUUUGACUUCAGUACUACAAGAUUUUUGCCUGAUGCAGCAUUUGUCAGGAAAAUUAGCCAUGUGUUAUCAAAGUUAACUUUUGUGCAAGAAGCUAGGCUUGUUGGGUGGCAGUUUGAUGAUGAUGAUAUUAGUGUUAUUAAAGGUGCUUUUAAACUAGUAACUUAAAUAAAGGCCACCCUGAGCCCAUGAAUGCUCUGGGGACUCCAUUACUUUCAGUGUGGUGACUUAAUAAUCUUUGCUCAU